GUACCCACCACCAAAAGCUGCUUUCUUGAGUUCAUCGAGUUUCUGUUUCUUGGUGAUUAAUAAUUGAUCGUAUGUAUAAUGAUCAGCUUGUUGAAAAGUCGUGAUUAAUGGGACACCCUAUUGGAAAUGAAAUGAUCAAGAAUUAUGGAGGGGUGGAUGUUUCAAAAGCAGAAAGCCGGGCCCGGACAAACGAUGUCUGCUUGAUGGGUUUAAUAUUUGGUGGGGAUAAUUACUAAGAGCGAACAACUUGGGGUAGAGACAAGUUUGGCGAACGUAAGAUUCUAUACCUAUAAUUUUUUGUCUGUUAUUUCUGUGAAAGGGUGUCGCAAGAACCUGGACGGGGAGAUCAGGAGGUGGGAUUAAAGGGGUUUUGGUAAAGAUUAUGGCAGCUCGCAGAAUUUCUUACUUCUUCUCUCGUUCGCUCUCCCUUCCUACUUCUCCUGCUUCUCUUGCUAGAAAAUAUGGGUUGUGGGGAAGAGGAAUGCAGAGGUAUACAACUGCUACUGUUCUUGAGGAACCAAUAACCCCUCCAGUUCAAGUUAAUUACACCAAGCUUCUGAUCAAUGGACAGUUUGUUGAUUCAGCAUCCGGAAAAACAUUUCCUACAUUGGACCCUCGGACCGGAGAGGUUAUUGCACACGUUGCCGAAGGAGAUGUGGAGGAUGUCAAUCGGGCCGUUUCGGCCGCCCGUAAGGCAUUUGAUGAGGGGCCGUGGCCGAAAAUGAGUGCUUAUGAAAGAUCUCGUAUAAUACUACGAUUUGCUGAUUUGGUCGAGAAGCACAUGCAAGAGCUGGCUCAGCUUGAGACAUGGGACAAUGGCAAGCCUUACGAGCAGGCUCUGACGGCAGAACUCCCCUUGUUCGUGCGCCUGUUUCAUUAUUACGCUGGAUGGGCUGAUAAAAUUCAUGGCUUAACGGUGCCAGCUGAUGGACCGCACCAUGUUCAAGUUCUGCACGAGCCGAUUGGUGUUGCCGGCCAAAUCAUUCCUUGGAACUUUCCGCUUCUCAUGUAUGCCUGGAAAGUUGGUCCUGCUCUCGCAUGUGGAAACACUAUUGUCCUGAAAUCUGCGGAACAAACACCAUUAACUGCUCUGUAUGUUUCCAAACUGUUCCAUGAGGCUGGUCUUCCGGACGGCGUUCUAAAUGUCGUGUCUGGAUAUGGUCCAACUGCUGGUGCAGCUCUUGCUAGUCACAUGGAUAUCGACAAGCUUGCUUUCACUGGAUCAACCGAUACUGGCAAAGUUGUACUUGAGUUGGCUGCAAAGAGCAAUCUAAAGCCAGUGACGCUGGAACUCGGAGGCAAAUCUCCGUUUAUCGUGUUUGAGGAUGCUGAUAUCGACAGGGCUGUGGAGCUAGCACAUUUUGCUCUGUUCUUUAAUCAGGGCCAGUGCUGCUGUGCUGGCUCUCGUACGUUCGUCCAUGAACGUGUAUAUGACGAGUUCGUCGAAAAGGCAAAGGCACGUGCUGCGAGACGUACCGUUGGUGACCCCUUCAAGAAAGGGAUCGAACAAGGCCCACAGAUUGACUCGGAUCAGUUUGACAAGGUUCUUCGUUAUAUAAGAUCAGGGAUCGAUGGCAACGCUAAGCUGGAGUGUGGAGGUGAAAGGGUCGGGUCUAAAGGUUUCUAUAUUCAGCCCACUGUAUUUUCAAAUGUUGAGGACAACAUGCUGAUAGCACAGGACGAGAUUUUCGGCCCGGUCCAGAGCAUCUUGAAGUUCAAGGAUGUUGACGAAGUGAUCAAAAGAGCAAAUGCUACACGCUAUGGCCUAGCAGCCGGCGUUUUCACGAAAAACAUCGAUAUUGCCAACACGGUGUCGAGAGGACUAAGGGCCGGCACCGUCUGGGUGAACUGCUUCGACGUGUUUGAUGCUGCAAUCCCUUUCGGCGGGUACAAGAUGAGCGGCAUUGGGCGGGAGAAGGGGAUCUACAGCCUCAAGAACUACUUGCAGGUGAAAGCUGUUAUUUCUCCUCUGACAAAUCCUGCAUGGUUGUGAUGAUUUGGUAACAUCAUGUAUGGAACUGAUGCAAGAACUGAAAGGGCUAACAAUAAGUGGAGUUUGAUUCACUUGAUGAUGUGUUUGUUCCGUUGUGCUAUUUGCCCAAUAAAUAUAUGGUUUCUCAUGGCAUA